AUGGCAGCAGCAGCGGCGGCGGCGGGGGUAGCGGCGGCGCGGUCGCUGCUGGUGGCGGGGCGGGCGGGCGGGCGGCGGAGCCAGUUUCUGCCCCUGCCCGCUGCGGGGGCCGCUCCCUUCUGCACCGUGGCCCCGCAGCAGCAGCAGCAGCCGUCGCCCGACAUGAAGAGCUACCUGUGGUCGCGCUACAAGGAGGCCAAGAGGGUCACCAAGGAGUUGGUUCCUUCAAUUAUGAGUAACAUGCUGAAUCCGGAUGCUAUUUUUUCAAAUAAUGAAAUGAGCCUGUCGGACAUUGAAAUUUAUGGGUUUGAUUAUGACUACACGUUGGUCUUUUAUUCUAAACAUUUGCACACGCUGAUAUUCAAUGCUGCUCGAGAUCUUCUUAUCAAUGAACAUCGGUAUCCUGCAGAAAUAAGAAAAUAUGAUUAUGAUCCAAAUUUUGCCAUCAGAGGACUUCAUUAUGAUGUGCACCGGGCGUUAUUAAUGAAGAUUGAUGCUUUUCAUUAUAUUCAGCUGGGAACAGUUUACAGAGGCCUCAGCGUUGUACCAGAUGAAGAAGUUAUUGCCAUGUAUGAUGGUUCCCAUGUCCCUUUAGAACAAAUGAGUGACUUUUAUGGAAAGAGCUCACAAGGAAAUACAAUGAAGCAAUUCAUGGAUAUAUUUUCCUUGCCAGAAAUGACACUUCUUUCUUGUGUGAACGAAUAUUUUCUGAAAAACAACAUAGACUACGAACCUGUUCAUCUGUACAAAGAUGUCAAGGAUGCAAUCAGGGACGUCCAUAUCAAAGGAAUAAUGUACAGAGCAAUUGAAGCAGAUAUUGAGAAAUACAUCUGCUACGCUGAGCAAACUCGUGCGGUGUUAGCUAAGCUGGCUGAUCAUGGCAAGAAGAUGUUUCUCAUCACAAACAGUCCCAGCAGCUUUGUGGACAAAGGCAUGAAGUUCAUAGUUGGCAAGGACUGGAGGGAUCUCUUUGAUGUGGUCAUUGUACAGGCUGAUAAACCAAACUUCUUCAAUGAUAAGCGAAGACCGUUCCGGAAGGUGAAUGAAAGGGGGGUGUUGCUCUGGGACAAGAUUCACAAGCUGCAGAAAGGUCAGAUUUACAAACAGGGUAACUUGUAUGAAUUUCUGAAACUUACUGGCUGGAGGGGCUCUAAGGUGCUCUACUUUGGUGACCACAUAUACAGUGACUUGGCAGACUUGACCCUGAAGCAUGGCUGGCGCACUGGUGCAAUUAUUCCAGAGUUACGAUCAGAGAUUAAAAUCAUGAACACAGAGAAGUACAUUCAAACCAUGACCUGGCUGCAAACCUUGACAGGAUUAUUGGAACACUUGCAGGUUCACCGUGAUCCUGAUUCUCAGAUGAUUUUAGAAGAAUGGAAGAAGGAAAGGAAGGAAAUGAGGGAGAUGAACAGGAAUUUCUUCAAUGCGCAGUUUGGCAGCAUAUUCAGAACGGACGAGAAUCCAACUUAUUUCUUAAGACGUCUCUCUAGAUUUGCGGAUAUCUACAUGGCAUCACUGAGUUGUCUCUUGAACUAUGAGCCUGAUUACACGUUUUAUCCAAGAAGGACUCCUUUGCAGCAUGAACUUCCUGGCUGGUCAGACCAGCUGUGCACUGGUACAUUCAGAAUACCUUUCCUACAAGAGACAGUUCAGAUCAAAUAAAAACUUGGUGACUUCUCUCUAAAAUGGACAAAUAUAUCUUGGUUUUUUUGAAUGUAUGUGUAUUUUAUUUAAGUCACUUAAAUCUGUUACCUUGGUUUAGAUGUAUCUCAUAUUUACAAGCAUUGUAACUAUUUUCUCCUCUUCUGCUCAGACAUGUGAAAACUCCUCUUAGACACAGAAGACAUGAUGGACUGCCAAAGUAGUAAUAGGCCAGGAGGGAGAGCUCAUCUAAGGGGAAGGACUGGUAGUGUUCUGGGGUGGUUCUUUUUGUUUCUUUAUUGGAAACUUGGAUCUGCAGCCUUGUGGUUUACAAAGAAAUACCUGUACUCUCACUUCUGGCCCUUUUCAGCACUCCAGCUGGAGCCUCUAAUGGAUCUUGACACUUGAAAAGCUUAUAUCCAGUGUUAGUAACUCAGUGAUAAACAGCUAAUAACCAGGUCAGGGUGAGACUCAGAGGGAUAAUGUACAUGUUGUACCUUUCCUUGCCGCCGUGGCUGCAAGCUGACCUGACUGAGCUGAGGGCUGUGGUGUCAGCAUUGCUGUGCUGCACUGACAGGCUCAGGCUGAUGGGCUCUUUCUCCUGUCUGUGCAGUUUCUGUUCUUGUAAUGUUUGUGCUUGGCUGCAGGUGAACCUGAGCCUAAACCUGAAACUGCCAGUAGCUUGGGCUGCUUCAGCUUCCUCUUGUUAACUUUUAGGCAACUUUCUUUUUAAGUUUCAAAACACUUCAAAUACCCACUCUCUAGUAAUAAAGUAAUUUCAAGAGGUCUUGCAUUUGGCAUUUCAAAGUGGAUACAGAUCUUUUCAUCAGGCUUUAGUUUGAUCCUAAAUGCUGCUUUUAAAAUUUUUAACAGUGUCUUAUUACAGUGGUAUGCAAUGUGGUUUUGCUAGGAGAGAAUGUAUUUCAUAUAGCCUUUUACAGUCAAGAAUAAAUACGCACAACAGGCAAAGGAGUUAAAAGAAAAAGUAAGAAAUGAGAAAAUGAAACCCAGAGUUUUCUGUUGACAUGUUUUUAGCUCAAGCCCUGAAAGCUGAAUUAGGGGUGGUGCAGAUUUUGCAUAAAGAGAAAAACAGUUUUGGUGGUGCAGAUUAAAGGUUUUAUUGAAUUACUGAAAUUGAAGGUAAUGCAUAAACACAAACUCUGGGUAGCAUAUGCUCCAAAGAUUUGAGCUGAAAAAUGUCUACUUUGCACAAGGAAAACAUCUGUUGAUGUGUUUCCUCAAACAGGCACUUUAUAGAACUGCUAUAUAAUUGUUUUUAAGUAAGAAUUAUUUUAUUUCUCUGGAUCCAAAGGAAAUGGGUUGUUUUUUGGUUUUUUUUGGUUUUAACUGGUGCUUCCCACCCCAGCCAUUUUAGCAGGUAUAAUAUAAUUAAUAACUUCCAAAUUUUAGUUAUUAAAGGCUUUUAAAAGCAUUUAAAAAGUGUAUAAUUAACAAAAUAUAUAGCCUAGGGUGUUCUUAAUUUCAUUUGGGAUAUCACUUGCUUUCUAUCAUGAUUGUCAGGUAAACAAACUUUUGGUGACCAAAAGUUUUCUUGUUUUGUUUUUUUUUUCUUUUUUAACCUGUCUGUAUUAUGGGCAAGUACCUAGAUUGAAUUUCAUAUACGAUAUCUUUCAUGUUUUUAAAAGCAUGUUUGCAAAGUAAAGAAUGUAUUUUAAUCUAGCCUGCACAAUUUUAUAAGUAGUUUUCCUGUAUGCUUGAAAUCAGUAUGAAGUCCUCAGAGGCGGUUGUAGAUUUUAUUGUUUCCUUGUGCUCCUAUUUCAAACUUGACUUGCAACACGCCUGAAGUGUGUGUGUGUGUGUUUAAACAGACGAGGAAGUUCCUCUGACCGUCCUGCUGUUUUGCUGGAUAGAAAGAUAAAGUUUUGCAGGAAGUCAGUUUGACUUUAUCAGGAGACUUCUUGGUGUGGCUGUGCAAGAAAUAUAUAGCACAACUUGUUAAUGAAAUGUGGGGAUGGAAAUAUCAUGAUUUGCCUUCAGUUCUUUAUUCUGAUGCUCAGCUACUACUGAACUCGGUGUUACUCGUGUGUAGCACUGCUCGUGCUGCAGAGAUUUCAGUUCACUCUUUAAGAAAAGAGAAAACCCACCAAAACUACUCUACAUUCUCUGUCUUACUACUAGCAAAUCAUAAGAUUGUAUUAUUCAGUUCUGCAUUAUUGAACUUGAUCAUGUUUUGUUGAUUAUAGCUCUAUGAUGUUUAUUCUUUUAAAGCUGGCUAGGAGCCAGUUUGUUUGCUUAAUUUUCCUGUGUUAAGCAGGAACAGUUUAAUUGGCUUGGAUGUUGUUAUCCCCAUAAUGCGCAUUUUGUUUCAAGAUUUUCUUCUUUUACCCUGCCUUAGAAAAUCAAACUUCUGUACCAAGCUAUGUUACAACAGCCAACUCAAGUAAAAUAUUGUUUAUAUUGCAUGAGUUCUUGAAAUAAACAAUGCUGCAUGAAAA